CUAGUGUGAAAAGUACGCCGAGAGAGAGCGACCGAGACCCGGGCCUUCCCGGCUCCGCUCGCUCCGCCAUAUUAACCCACAGCCACUCGAAGCCUAGACUCCGGGAACACGAUAUAAAACCAUCCAUGACCGGUUUAACCGCUCCAGUGGUGACUAUUAGCAGACCGGAGAGUAUUGUGCUGCUUCUGGGAUUAUAACAAUAUGAGUAAACUGUCGUUUCGGGCGCGGGCGCUGGACGCUUCCAAACCUCUCCCCGUCUUCCGCUGUGAGGAUCUCCCCGACCUGCACGAAUAUGCUUCUAUUAACCGGACAGUGCCGCAGAUGCCCACGGGGAUGGAGAAAGAAGAGGAAUCGGAGCACCAUCUCCAGCGGGCCAUCUCGGCACAACAGGUGUACGGCGAGAAGAGGGACAACAUGGUCAUUCCAGUGCCUGAAGCUGAGAGUAACAUCUCUUACUAUGAGACCCUCUACCCAGGGGACUUCAAGAUGCCCAAGCAGCUCAUCCACAUACAGCCCUUUAGCUUGGACACGGAGCAACCGGACUACGACCUGGACACGGAGGAUGAGCUGUUUGUGACGAGGCUGAGAAAAAAGAUGGAAGUGGGAGCCUUGCAGUUUGAAGUGAUGAUCGACCGGUUGGAGAAAGGCAGCGGACAGCAGCUGGUGUCUCUGCAGGAGGCGAAACUCCUCCUCAAGGAGGACGACGAGCUGAUCAGGGAGGUGUUCGAGUACUGGAGCAAGAAAAGGAAAUCGUGCCAGAGCGGCUCUCUCAUCCCGACUGUCAAACAGGAGAAACGAGACGGCUCGAGCACCAACGACUCCUACGUGGCCUUCAGGCGCCGGACGGAGAAAAUGCAGACCAGAAAGAAUCGCAAGAACGACGAGGUCUCGUACGAGAAGAUGCUGAAACUGAGAAGGGAUCUGAGCAGAGCCGUUACCAUCCUAGAGAUGAUCAAGAGACGCGAGAAGAGCAAGCGGGAACUCCUACACCUCACACUGGAGAUAGUGGAGAAGAGGAAUGGCAUGGCUGAUUUUGGCGGGGAAGUGAUGGCAGAGAUGGCACAGAGAGCGCUAGAGAAGCCCGUUAUCCCACUGAUCCCCAUCACCACCAGCAACCAGUACAGACACGUAGAACACGAUCGCGACUACAAGACCAAGGUGGAUAAACCAGAAGUGGUGCGACAGAAGAGGAAGUAUGAGAAGAAGCCAAAGCCGCUGCUGCUGACCGGUGCUCACCACACUGGCCCUGCAAUCAUCAACACUAAAGACCUUAACCAGUAUGAUUUUCCCAGCUCGGAUGAAGAGCCCUACUCGCAGCUGUUUUCCGGCUCAUCUGAGGCAGAAGAGGAGAACGAUCCAGACGGCGUGUUCGCGUUUAGGAGGAGGUCUGGCUGCCACUAUCAUGCUGUGCGUGGAGCGCAGUGCGGUUCAUGGCCGUGGACGGAUCCUACCGAGGGUGGUGUGGGAGACGCUCGCUACCGCUACUCUCUCACCACACUUACCGUUCCUCGAAUGUGCGUGGGGUUGGCACGACGAAGGGUCGGCAGAGGGGGCAGGGUUUUGUUGGACCGUACCUCCUCUAAAUGGGCUGCCACCUGUCAUGAAGCGGACCUAGAAUCUACUGAUUCUACCACCUCCGGCCCACAGCCCGUCACUAUGCUUACCUCACGUACCACGUCCCCUCCAGACCUCUCGCAGAUCCUCCAGAACAUCAAAGCCUGUCGCUGGAGGCACUUCAGACCUCGAACGGCCCCAUCCGACGACCCCGAGAACCAGCACCCCUGGUCGGCACGGCGACGGGGCAGAGGCCUGCUCAACCAGCCGAUCAGCGCGCUGCGAAACCGUCCUAAUAACCGACCCCCUGCCGCACCACCCACACCUGUGUUCACUGCUGAGCAGUACCAGCAGCAUCAGGGGCAGUUGGCACAGAUGCAGAAAGAGCAGCUGGAACAGGCACAGCAAGUGCAGCGACUCAGUGCCAAUGUACAGACUUCAUCAUUCAGGAUCUUAGACGCCGCGAGUGCGCAGUUUGCCGCCUCGGCAUUGGUGCCUAUGGAACAUCUAAUGGCACUGAAGAGCAAAGAGGAAGGACUUCUUGGACUUGGAGUCAACGGCGUUGUAUCUGCCUCAGGAGCAUAUAAGGGCUUGCACCACGUGAGCCCCUCACCCACCGCCAACCACCAGUGCGACACCCCUACCUCCGCCCCCAACAACGGAACCCCCUCGGCCAACCACCACCUCGGCUCGGCCGGCCGGCCCGCCCCCGCGCAGGCGCUGUUGGCCGGGGCCGUGAGAGUGGGCCUGCCCUCGCCGAGUGCAGCGCUGAGCGUGCGGCACCUGCAGCGGCAGCUCACGGUCCCGACGGCCGCCCUCAAACUCGCCGCCAACGCCAACCGCCAGAUUCCCAAAGUCGCAGCCGGAUCCACCACUCUCGAUAUGGGAACCAGGGAAAAUCAUGACCAAGAAAAGCCAACAUUGAACAGUAUAACAGAAAACGCAGUAGCCAUGGAGGUUACGUAGCCCCACUCCUGCUUUUUUUUCCAUCACCCUACGAUUUGGGGCGUUUACUUUAGGUGCUGUGCAUCACUGACACUGCAUCUUCAUGGCAGCCGUUGGGACUCUACUGCAAUGCUUGUCUGUUUUUGUUUUGUUUUUUUCCUUUCUCCCCCUUUUUGUUACUGUUAAAAUAUCAUCUGUAAAUUAUGAAAUGAGGCGUUUAUUCUAUGUACAGUACUACAUAUUUGUAAUAUGCCCUUUGUAUAUAACAUUACUUG